UAAAAGCAAAGACGCUAAUGUUAAAUACGUCCUCUUUCCAUACUCAAUGGAUUUGUUUGCCUCACCUCUUGUCUUCAAGCCUGGGAUUCCGUUUUCGAUCAAGGUGCAAGUGAAGAACGUGGUUGGCCACGUUGUAAAAGGGAUUGCUGUAACAUUGAAAGCAAAAAUAGUGGAGCAAAUGACAAAGACAGACCUGAAUAUAAGACAAAGUGAAACAAAUUCUGAUGGAGUCGCCUCAUUUACCAUUAACAUUCCCUCUGAUGUCACCAUACUGGAUUUUCAUGUCAGAACGGAUGACCCAGACCUUCCAGAGGAAUAUCAGGCCAGCAAAGACUUUCGAGCAGUGGCCUAUGCAGGUCAGAGCCAAAUUUUCCUUUCUCUCAGCGGGCCUGACAGUGACAAGAGACUGCUGGUGGGAGAACAUCUGAGCGUAACUAUCACUCCUAAAAGUCCUUAUGCAGACAGGAUUACACAUUACAAUUACCUGAUUUCAUCUAGAGGAAAAAUCAGACACUUUGGUACAAUGAAGAAACUUCCAGGUUCCCCAUCUCAACCGCUGGGCCUUCUUGUGACUCAGCACAUGGCUCCUGCAGCCUGCCUCCUCGUCUACUUCUUUGUCAGAGAAGAUCAGAGGACAGAAUUGGUGUCUGACUCUGUCUGCCUAAAUGUCGAAGAAAAAUGUGGCAACCCCCUCCAAAUUCAUCUGUCUCCAAUCAGAGAUUUACAUUCUCUCCACAAUGGUAUCACUCUGACUUUGGAAAGUCAGUCCGAAGCAUGGGUGGCUUUGUCCUCAGUGGACUUUGCUACAUAUCACUUUGAAGAAAGGAGAGAAAAUUCCAUGAAAAGAAUCCUCCAGUCUGCUCAGAAACAUGACCAGGACUGCGGAACAGGCGGUGGCAGGAAUAAUGCCGAAGGGCUCUCCUCCACGGGACUCACUGUUCUUACCAACAUGCCUGCAGAGUACUCCCCACAAGACGAUGGAUCUUUUAGAAAAACUCUCAGAUCAAAAAGAAACUUGGAAGUAGAAAUAAAAAAAAAGGUGGAAAGGAUUUGGGGUUCUGUGUUUUGGCUCUCCAUGGACUUAGUCACCCAAGGCUUACUUAUAAAGUCUUGA